AUGACCAGCCCGCACGAUCCGCUGCCACACGCCUACGAGCAGCACCACCAGCACCACCUCGCGCCCGCGCCCCCGACGAACGCCACACUCUCCCACGCAGGCACCACGCCGGGCUACGCGGGCCCCUCCAGCGCGCUUGCUCUCGCGGCGACACUCGCCUCGCUGUCGGACAGCAGGGAAGAUGCACUAGUCAGCGACGACGACGAGGGCGGGGGCAUAUCCUUAGACUUGAGCGAACCACCACCCGAACCGCCACCCGCACCGCCUGCCCUGCUGGCAGACUCCCUGGGGUCUGCUGCCAUCCACAUGCAUGCCGCCAUGGCCCACCUGCAGUCCUUCGCACACGACACCAUCCCGCCGCUGACCAGCGACAUGACCUCCUUCCAUAUCAACAACGUCCACCUGCCCCCGCCCCCGCCGUAUCUAGGGCACCUCUCGAGCUCCGAGCCCUCGCUGGAACCGCUACCCGCAUGGCCCGAGGCCUACCAGAGCAUCAAGGACAACUACCAGUUUGUGCCCAUCACCUCCUUCUUCCACUACCUCACUCCGGAGAAGUCCACAGUGCCUGGACUCGACCUUGUCAAAGUACCGCACGUCAUCACGCGGGAAGAUCUGCAGGGCGACAGCUACGAUUUCCAGGGCAUUGAUUGGACCGCACGAAACACCACAAGAAGCUCAGUACGAAGCAAGCGAAGAGAAUGUGAGCAGGUACGGCUGUCGCCCAGCCGGAAAGAGACCCGCACACGUUGCACUGCACCGAUACGCAACACGGACAGCUUCUUCUCCUUUCGAAGAAAUACCACCUCACAUCGUGCUUACUGCCCUCACUUCCAGCUCCGGAACAUACUCGCGGCGACAUCUCGAAAUGAUAUCUUCUAUGCAGCUGGUCAGAAAGUUAUGCGUACUGAUGCUGAGGGUUCUCCCGCAGACGCUGUCAUAGACAUGAGCAAAAAGACGGCCCUGGAUGGUUCCAUUACGAUAAUAGCGACUCUCGACGAUGUCUUGAUAGCGGGUGCUUUUGAGGGCGAGUACGCCAUCACUGACUUGUCGUCGACGGCAGGUACCCAAUGCACGUUCGGCCGCACAUCAGACUUUGCUACAGACACAAAGUCCAAGAUCGUCAACCACCUGCAUCUUUUCGAAUCCAGAACCACGUAUCGCCCUCAAGGUGUCUUCUGCUCGAAUGACCAUCGCUUGCGCAUACUGGACUGUGCAACCAACACAUUCACGCACAACUUCCAGUACUCGGCUGGUGUCAAUUGUUCGGCUACCAGCCCAAACGGCCGAAUGCGUGUCGUGGUUGGUGACUUCCACGAGACGCUCAUCACGAAUGCGGAAACGGGGCGACCCUUCGAGACUCUCAAGGCUCACACUGACGACGCCUUUGCAUGUGCCUGGGCAGAUGACGGCAUUCACAUCGCAACCGCAGCUCAAGACUCAACCAUUGUUGUCUGGGAUGCGCGCUACUGGGCCCAACCCCUCACUGUCCUCACAAGCGAGGUCAGCAUCCCCCGAGCCCUCCGCUUCUCACCCCUCGGCUCUGGCCCACGCGUCCUCGUCGCCGCUGAGGCAGAUGACUACAUCAAUAUCAUCAACGCACAGACCUUUGAGUCGAAACAGGUCUUCGAUUUCUUUGGGCCCCUUGGCGGCGUCACGUUCACGCCCGAUGGCCAGUCUCUCUUCGUCGCCAAUGGCGAGCGCAGAUUUGGCGGUAUCAUCGAACUAGAGCGCACCGGCUGGGCUGAGCGUACUGCGAGACGCGGCUCAUUUGACAACGAGCGCGAUGAGCUCGUCACUGACUGGGCGCGCGAUGAUCUCCUUGGCGACUUUAACGAAUGCCACUCUGGCCCCGUCGAGCGGCAGAGGAGAGGCGUCGAUUUCAGCCAGCUGGUCGUAUGA